GAUCCUUGUGGGCGAAGGAAAACUUCGUCAUGCAUGCAUGUCAACAUUGCAACGAUCCUGCGCUGGCGUAACAGCACAGCAUUGCGCAGCAAGUGGCCAAUGAUCUGACUAAACCACCGUGCCUACAAUUUUCAUCAGCCAUCUUGGUUGGAGACAAUGGCUCCAGUUGUUCCCAAAUAUCUACUACCGCUACUCCUUGCUCUUCUGCAACGGUAUCAUGUUGCUGCAUUUAUGGAACCAAUUCCGAGGGUCUCUGCUAUAGAGUCCUCCACAAAGUCCCAACUGCACGCCGCUAAGCUCGACCCAAAUAUCGAUAACUCGGAAGAAAUUCAAACUCGUCGAGGUGCCCUGACUUUGCUGGCGAGCAGCGCUCUGCUCUGGACCGGAACAGCCACCAACGCCAAUGCGUAUGAAAAAACCUUCCCCGUGGAAUUGGACACCCUGGAUGCCGAUCCUCGAACACCUCGAGAACGAGCCUUGCAACAACCGACAAAACCCAAAGCGUCACCUGCUGCCGACCCCAUUGAAUUGGGACUCGGUGCAGUGCUCUGGGGUGGAGCUCUCUGGCUCUUGACGGGAUCUCGAUCCAAUCCACUGGCCACGCCAUUGGCAAAUGUUUUGUAUUCUGCCGACAAAGAAGAAUGGUUACAAGAUCGCAAUGAAGGGCUUUUUGCAGCAUUGCCGGCACCCUUGUUGGCAUUGUUGGGGAUUGUCUUUUGCGCUCUGGGAUUGGCAAUCCACUUUGUGGCCAUUCAAUUGGCUGAUGGAUCGAUGGAUAUUAGUCUACAACUGGCAGGAGUAUUAUUAAUUGGUGGUGGUUCUUUGGAAAUUGGACGAAUUGCCAGUGGGGAAAAGAAACAGACAAGGGAUGACUUUGAUCGUGACACUCUGCUGGAACAAGACUUCCAAGAGUUUGCGGAAAAUAGAUUGAAGCUCGGUGGCAAUUGCCACCGCAGCGAGGUCGUGCAAGCAUUUCGACGGUAUCAUGCUAAGUACAGACAAGCCGACAAUCCUGAAUUUCCUUUGAAUGAUUUGGAAAUUGAACAACUGUUGCGACAAUGGAAUCAAAAGAAUGCUGGAGCCCAGACCAGUGCGGCAGGAUUCUAUACUGGCAUUCAAAUCAAUGCUGAAGCUGAUGUUUUUGUACAGCGAUAGAGCAAAAGCAUGCCAUAGAGAUGGCAACAGAGAUAGCAAAUUAGUUAGAGAAGAGGGGGAAUGAUCGAGGAAGGUUGCGCACAUUUAGCCGGCCCCAAGGACCCUCUCAACAUAUGCAAGUUUUGUGUCGCAGCCACACCCACCCGCUACGUGGCAACAAAACUAUUUCUUUUUAAAAGGAUAUCAAUAAGGAUGUCUAGUUUGAGUUUUCCUUCUAUGUGACCGUUUAUUCUAAGUUUGCUUGUGAAUCCGCUCAAA